AUGACAAGUGAAGAAGUGACAUACGCAAACCUGAAGUUCAUGACACUGGAAAAAUCCCAGGACCAGGAGCUCCAGACUACCAGAGCGAAAGAUUCCCCCAGUCCAUCUUCCUGUUGGCGACUGGCUACAGUGGCACUUGGGGUCUUCUGCCUAAGUUCAGUGGCAGCUGCAGGAGUCUUGGCUGCCAGAUUCAUCCUGGUCUGCCACCUUCUGCGUGAAAGGGAUGAAAACUUCACCCUGCAAAAGGCAAUUAUGGAAAGCCUCAACCAGCAGCUGGAGCUCCUCCAGGCUCAGAAUUUGAACUUGACAGAGACUGUAAAGCAACUUGCCACCUCCAGAGGACGUAAAUGUAUUCCUUGUCCUGAGAAGUGGCUACAAUAUGGGGAGAACUGCUACCACUUUUCAAAAGAAUGGAAAACUUGGCAAGAAAGCAAGGCUAAAUGCUCUGUUCUGGAGUCCAGACUUCUUAAGAUAGAGAGUAAGGAAGAGCUGGACUUCACAAGGCAAUCGGCACAGUCUUACGGUUCUUACUCUUUCUGGAUUGGGCUGUUUCACAACGGAACUGAGGGGCCCUGGCUGUGGGAGGAUGGAUCAACUUUCUCCCCUGAUCUGUUUCAGAUCUCACGAGCCAGCUCAAGUUCUCUCCUAGAUUGUGUGAGGCUUCAAGGUGCAAAUAUAGACACUGCAUGGUGUGGCCAGUACAGUUUUUACAUUUGUGAGAAAGUGGUGGAUCCUGCGGUGGUCGAGCAACUGGGCUACUCGGACAGGCACUAG